AGGACACUUGUAGAUUUUCGACGGCAAACUUACCAAGCAACAAUUGAAGAUCUUCUCUGAUCGCUGGGGCUUUCGUCUUUACCUUUCAUACAAAUUGUUCGUAUUCUUGCAAACGCUCAUUAGCAAGGAUAUUUUUCGUCAUACAUGCCCUGCCAAACAUAAACUGUUAGCCGCGACCCGGUCCAUACCUUACAGCUCCCCCACGUUCCAGUCAAAAUGUUAGACGCAUAUGCGAAAUCUACGGAAGAGGUCCUGAAGUUCUUCUCGGUGUCUGAGACACAAGGACUAACAGACUCCCAAGUCCAAGCCUCAAAAGAGAAACAUGGUCGCAAUGCUAUCGCAGAAGACCCUCCAACGCCAAUCUGGGAGCUCAUCCUCGAACAGUUCAAAGAUCAACUUGUUAUUAUUUUGCUAGGAUCUGCAGCAAUUUCAUUCGUCCUCGCGCUUUUCGAAGAAGAUGGAGGCUGGACAGCUUUUGUGGACCCUGCAGUUAUCCUGACAAUCUUAAUUCUUAAUGCCGUCGUAGGCGUAUCCCAAGAGAGUAGCGCAGAGAAAGCCAUUGCUGCUCUUCAAGAGUACUCUGCGAACGAGGCCAAGGUCAUUCGAAAUGGAAAAAUCACAAGGAUUCGAGCCGAGGAAUUGGUACCAGGAGAUAUAAUUUCAGUGGCUGUAGGAGACAGAAUACCAGCAGAUUGCAGAGUUCUUGCUAUUCAAAGUAACAGCUUUGCAGUGGACCAAGCCAUCCUCACCGGAGAAAGCGAGAGUGUUGGAAAGGAUACUGCCGCAGUACUAGAUCUGAAGGCUGUCAAGCAAGACCAAAUCAACACUCUCUUUUCUGGAACCACUGUGGUUACUGGUCAUGCUACAGCAAUUGUGGUCUUGACUGGAUCAAACACUGCUAUUGGAGAUAUCCACGAAAGCAUUACUGCUCAAAUUUCUGAACCGACGCCAUUGAAGCAAAAGCUUAAUGAUUUUGGCGAUACUCUGGCCAAAGUGAUCUCGGUCAUAUGCAUCAUUGUCUGGCUUAUCAACAUUCCCCACUUUGCCGACCCUACUCAUGGAAGCUGGGCCAAGGGCGCGAUUUACUACCUCAAGAUUGCUGUAUCACUCGGUGUUGCAGCUAUUCCAGAAGGUUUGGCUGUUGUUAUCACAACAUGUCUCGCUCUUGGAACCAGAAAGAUGGCUGCUAAGAAUGCUGUUGUCCGAAGUCUGCCUUCCGUUGAAACGCUUGGUAGCUGCAGCGUUAUCUGCUCUGACAAGACUGGCACUUUGACUACCAAUCAGAUGAGUGUCAAUAAGAUUGUGUACAUCAACGAAGCUGGAAACGACCUUGAAGAGCUAGACGUUGAAGGCACCACUUUCUCUCCCCACGGAAACAUCUCGUCGAAAGGCAAAAUAGUCGCCGAUGUGGCCAACAAGUCAAACACUGUUUUCCAAAUGGCCGAGGUGGCAGCGCUCUGUAACGAUGCUCAACUUGCCUUUGAAUCCAAAUCUGGAACUUAUUCCAACGUUGGCGAGCCUACUGAAGGAGCACUACGUGUCCUUGUUGAAAAGAUUGGUACUCAGGAUGCAGCUCAGAAUCAGGCAAAAGCUGGUAGUGCCGCUCAAGAUUGUCUGCAUCUUGCUAGCUCUUGGUACGAAAAGAGAAGCCCACGCAUUUCCACCUACGAGUUCUCUAGAGACAGAAAAAGUAUGUCCGUCCUCGUAGGGAACAAGAGCCAACAGAAGCUUCUUGUCAAAGGAGCACCUGAGAGCAUCAUUGAUCGCUGUACCUCUGUCCUUGUAGGAGCCAAUGGCAAGAAAGUUGCCUUGUCCAAGAGUCUUUCCGAGUUAUUGUUGAAGGAAGUCGUGGAUUACGGAAACAGAGGACUUCGAGUUAUUGCUUUGGCUAGCGUUGACGACGUGGCAUCGAACCUUCUGUUGAAGAAGGCUAAAUCCACUCAAGAGUAUCUCCAACUUGAGCAGAACCUCACCCUCCUUGGUCUUGUUGGCAUGCUCGAUCCUCCUCGUCCCGAAGUAGCUGGUUCUAUCAGAAAGUGCAAGGAAGCCGGUAUUAGAGUCAUUGUCAUUACCGGCGACAACCGCAACACCGCUGAAACCAUCUGCCGUCAAAUCGGUGUCUUCAGCGAGUAUGAAGAUUUGAAGGGCAAGAGCUACACUGGCCGAGAAUUCGACAACUUGAGCGAGAGCGAGCAACUGGAAGCAGCUAAGAGGGCCUCUCUCUUCUCUCGUGUUGAGCCGAGUCACAAGUCGAAACUCGUGGAUCUCCUACAGUCCGCUGGGGAGGUCGUUGCCAUGACUGGCGACGGUGUCAACGAUGCACCUGCUUUGAAGAAAGCUGAUAUUGGUGUCGCCAUGGGAUCUGGAACCGAUGUUGCAAAAUUGGCAGCAGACAUGGUUCUUGCUGAUGACAACUUCGCUACGAUUGAGGUCGCUGUUGAAGAGGGUCGUUCGAUCUACAACAACACUCAACAGUUCAUCAGAUAUCUCAUCUCAUCUAACAUCGGCGAGGUCGUGUCCAUCUUCCUCACAGCAGCCGUUGGCAUGCCAGAAGCUCUUAUCCCUGUUCAAUUACUUUGGGUCAACCUUGUAACCGAUGGUCUUCCCGCGACAGCUCUUUCUUUCAAUCCCCCAGACCACGAUGUUAUGAGAAGAGCACCAAGAAAGCGCGACGAAGCCCUCAUUGGCGGUUGGUUGUUCUUCCGUUAUAUGGUCAUCGGUAUCUACGUUGGUCUUGCUACGGUAGCUGGUUAUGCUUGGUGGUUCAUGUUCUACAGCGAGGGACCACAAAUCACCUUCUACAAGCUAUCGCAUUUCCAUCGCUGCUCCUCACAAUUCUCAGAGAUUGGCUGCCAGAUGUUCUCGAACGAUAUGGCAAAAUCGGCAUCUACCGUCUCGCUUUCGAUCCUCGUUGUCAUUGAGAUGUUCAACGCCAUGAAUGCAUUGUCGUCUAGCGAGUCCCUUCUUACACUUCCUCUUUGGGAAAACAUGAUGCUGGUGUAUGCCAUCGCAUUGUCAAUGGCCUUGCACUUUGCUCUGCUCUACACUCCAGUUCUGCAGACAUUGUUCUCUAUCCUACCUCUCAACUGGGCAGAGUGGCAAGCUGUAUUGGUGAUAAGUGCGCCCGUCAUUCUGAUUGACGAGGUGCUCAAAUUCGUCGAGAGACAAAUGUUCAUCGAGAAAGCACCAGUGGCGCAGAUUAGAGCAAAGAAAGAAUAGAUCAUGGAAGGCAAUAAAGAUCAUGAUCCCCGAAUAGGGCUGUAAAUUACUAGAUAGUAGAUAUAGAACAAAAAUGU